GUUCGCAUGGAUGGCAUUGUUCCGGCCCACAAACCAACCCGCCCCCCGUCUCAAAUUUCAAUCAUUCCGGGACCUUUGACCCGCCUCGAAACCGGACCCAAUCCAAUCAGCAAAAGUCGCUGCUGCAAAUCUCUUUCAAAUGAGCCACUAAUUGCGAACUGAAAGAUAAUACACAAAGACCUGGGGCCCCCAAAAACCCUAUACUUACAAACUAAUCAGAAGUGGGUUUGCUGAAAUGGGGGCAGGCGAAAAAAAAUCCCUAGUUAAAGGAGCAAUUAUCGCCGAGAUAGGAAGAGUGAGUUUUUGUUUUGCGGCAAGUUUUUGGUAUAACUUUUGCUCUCUCACUCUCUCUCCAUUUCUGUUUUUGAGGCACGAUUAUCAGUCGCCAUUCCACAUUAACUGCCAUCAACGUGAGCACUAAGCACAUCCCGGAAUUAGUUAGUAUCUACAUAAUAACAAUGUCGGAUUCGAAAGUGGAGUACAACUGGGGCGAUUUGGGUGUGCAGCAGCUGGACGGCUUUGCAUCCGAAACAUCCGAGAUGUCGAGCAAGGGGGACAUCUUUCACACCGCCAGUGAGGAGUUCCCCAAUCUCCAACAUCAUCGGGAGCAGGUGGAGCAGAUCCAGCGACGUGGCAGCCUGAUUCUCAGCCAGGCCCAGCAGAACUCAAAGGUUUUGGUCGAGAAUAUGUUCAAGAACCUCAAAAUCAGCUGUGAGAAGCCCAUGUUUCCUCCGCAAAUAACGGCUCCCAAGGCCUAUUGCUUCAAGGACAUCUACUCCACUCGCAAGGAUCGGCUGAUCCGCGAGUGCAAGGAGCAGGAGCGCAAGCUGCGUGAGUUCCACAGUCAACCUAUGCCAGAUUUUCGGCAUGCCCACGAACGCCAGGCCAGCAAGGUCGUAGUGCAUCGCAUCACCUGUCCCAUGACGCCCAAUGUACUGAAGAAUUCGCGUGAAAUGGAGGAAAAGCGCCGUUUGAGGGUGGAGCAGCUGCAAAAGGAGCGGGAAGAGGAGUCGAAACUCUACAGAAAGCAGUUCCUAAGGGCCAAGCCCAUUCCGCAGAGCAGCCGACAGCCCUUGAAGCCCUCAAAUCGUCCGUCCGGAGUCUCGCAGGUGAAAGUGAAAGUCGAGCCCUUCAACCUGUCCGCCGAGUCGCGUGUCCAGCAGCGUCGCCUCUUCAAUGUCCAGAACACCAAGGCGCAGGAGUCGAAGCGACGGGAAAUGGAGGAGCAGCGCCAGCGGGCGGAACGAGAAGCUUACCAAAAGCAACGACAACUAACCAUGUUCCGGGCUCGACCCAACCCAUUCAGCGCCCGUUGACCCGGGGGAUUCCCCGUUCUGUUUCAUUCCGUUUUUGGAUUUCAUUUGCUCCCGAUUUUUUGUUGCACAUUUGUUUUGUUGUUCGAAGAAAUUAAAUUACUAUAAUCACCAGCAGGCAACCGCAGACACAAACUAACAAUGGGG